UCUGAUGACGUAGUGUUGUCGGUGUUUACCAUGGCGGCUGUCUGUUAAUUGAAAGGAAAAUGUGGGUUUUAUAGCUGCAAGAACAGUCAUAGUUUAACGGGAAAAAAGUCAGAAGAUAUUUCGUUGAGAAUGACCAACAGAACAUCUUAUUUUUAUGACCCAGACGUGGGCAACUUUCAUUAUGGUGCUGGCCACCCCAUGAAGCCUCACCGUUUGUCCCUGACUCACAGUCUGGUGUUGCACUAUGGACUCUACAAGAAAAUGAUGGUGUUCAAGCCAUACAAAGCAUCUCAGCAUGACAUGUGUCGGUUCCACUCUGAAGACUACAUAGACUUCCUACAGAAGGUCAGCCCCAAUAAUAUGCAGGGCUUCACAAAGAGCCUCAACACGUUCAAUGUCGGAGAUGACUGUCCUGUGUUUCCAGGUCUUUUUGAGUUUUGCUCAAGAUACACAGGAGCCUCCUUACAGGGAGCUACACAGCUCAACCACAAGAUCUGUGAUAUUGCCAUCAACUGGGCCGGAGGGUUGCAUCAUGCCAAAAAGUUUGAGGCAUCUGGAUUUUGUUACGUCAACGACAUCGUCAUCAGUAUACUGGAGCUACUCAAAUACCACCCUCGGGUUCUGUACAUCGACAUCGACAUUCACCAUGGUGACGGUGUGCAGGAAGCCUUUUACCUGACUGACCGCGUCAUGACGGUGUCCUUCCACAAAUACGGGAACUACUUUUUUCCAGGAACUGGCGACAUGUAUGAGGUGGGAGCAGAGAGCGGCCGGUACUACUGCCUUAAUGUUCCUCUCAGAGAUGGCAUCGAUGACCAGAGCUACAGGCAGCUGUUCCAGCCGGUUAUUAAACAGGUGGUGGAUUUCUACCAGCCGACCUGCAUCGUUCUGCAGUGUGGAGCAGAUUCCCUUGGCUGUGACAGAUUGGGCUGCUUCAACCUCAGCAUACGAGGACAUGGUGAGUGUGUGGAGUUUGUGAAGAGUUUUAAGAUUCCUCUGCUGGUCCUGGGAGGAGGAGGAUACACUGUGAGGAACGUGGCUCGCUGCUGGACCUUUGAGACAUCUCUGUUAUUGGAUGAAUCCAUCAGUGACGAACUGCCUUACAGUGAGUAUUUUGAGUACUUUGCUCCAGACUUCACGCUGCACCCUGAUGUCAGCACCAGGAUUGAAAACCAGAACUCCAGACAGUACUUGGAGCAGAUCCGUCAGACAGUGUUUGAGAACUUGAAGAUGUUGAACCACGCACCCAGCGUCCAGAUCCAUGACGUUCCCUCCGACAUGCUGAGCUACGAACGCAACGAUGAGCCUGACCCCGACGAGAGGGGGGGCGAGGAAAACUACACCAGGCCGGAGGCGGCCAAUGAGUUCUACGAUGGCGACCACGACAACGACAAAGAGAGCGACGUAGAAAUUUGACCAAUGAGAGGAGCGGAGCUUUCCCUUGCAGCAUUCUGGUUGCAACAUCACAUCAUCACUGCAGAUUUAACAGAAACUUCUGGAAGCACUGAGAAGACCGUCAAGCUCUGCUCAUUUUCUCAGUAGAUUCUGUUUUAAAAAUUCCUCAAUCAGCCGUCCUUCACGCUGACAUCAUGGUUGUUCCAUCACGCUUCAGAGCAGAGGUGACGUGAGCACCAGAGCCUCGUAUAUAAUGUCACUGAGUAGAUCUCCACACGUGGCAGGAUUCCUAUUUCUGUUUGGGUCAGUACAUGUCACAUCAUAAUGCUGAACACUGAAACAUGUAUCAGCUGUGUUGCGUUUAUAAUAGGAUGUUCUUGAAUCUUGAAUUUACAAACACUGUCAGCUAGAAUCAGAACUCAAAACUUCCUAUUCUGUACAUGCACAUGAACAGUGAAAUAACUAGAUAUUUUUUAUUUUUCCACCUGUAAUAUGUUCCAUAUUAUCUUGGUAAUGAAAUGUAUUUGACCUUUGAAACAUGAAAAUGUCACCUUCAAGUAAUUAUAAUUGUUUUAAUCAGCCGAAUUUAACUUAGCAGCAAUAUGUUUAUUUUGGUUUUAGGACUCAGCUUAAGCAAUUAUUUUUCCCCUCACACAUAAAGGAGACACGUGAAGGCAGAAACAGUUUCUACAAGGUGUCAUUUCAUCUUACAUGACAUGCGCAUGUGAGAAGCUGUUCAAGUGUCUGUCACACAUAAGCCAGGAACAAAUGAUUCCAACCAUAACACUUCUUAUUUUACCCCUUUCUUUCCGUUUUUAAAUCCCAGCAUUAUCCAUGUGCCUUACAGCUCUGAAAGAGUCAAGCCCUGGUGUAGAGCUGGGCACUUUCACAUCACCUAUCAUUUUAACUCGACAGCGAUGUGCAUUUCUGGACUUGAGCUGAUCCAAUCAGCAUUCCUUUCUCUUCUGCGUCCUCUGCUCGUUACUGUAUAUACACGUAGAAAUGUAUAAAACUGUGAGUGUGUUCAUAACGUAGAGGACAGCUGUGGCCCUGAGGCUGGUAGUUUGGUAUUAAAACAUUUCGCACUGAAGGUAGUUGAUCCAGUGAUCAGGUCAGAGUGCCAGGCCGUCACUGAGGAACUUUAUUGAAAUAGGAUCAUAACGGAUGUACAUUAAUGGCUGAACUAUUUCUACCAUCUGCCAGUCCUCUUUUAACCAGAAACAUGUUUUGUGUGAUUUUUUUGAUAUUGUCUUCUACUUAUGUUUUUAAUAAAAAGACCAAACUGUAA